AUGGUUGGACUUCAGCCUUCAGAUGUGCCUCCCACAACAACUGUGAAGUGCCUGGGGGCAGGCACGGCGGCCUGUUUCGCUGACCUCCUCACCUUCCCCCUGGACACAGCGAAGGUCCGCUUGCAGAUCCAGGGGGAGAACCCGGCGGCCCAGAGCGUGCAGUACCGAGGCCUGCUGGGCACCCUCGUGACCAUGGUGCGCACCGAGGGGCCCCGCAGCCCCUACAACGGGUUGGUGGCCGGCCUGCAUCGCCAGAUGAGCUUCGCCUCCAUCCGCAUCGGCCUCUACGACUCGGUCAAGCAGUUCUACACCCCUAAGGAAGCCGAGCACUCCAGCAUCGCGAUCCGGAUUCUGGCGGGCUGCACCACUGGGGCCAUGGCGGUGACCUGUGCGCAGCCCACCGACGUGGUGAAGGUCCGAUUUCAGGCCGCCGCACGCCUGGGGCCCGGGGGCGAAAGGAAAUACAGCGGCACCAUGGACGCUUACAGAACCAUCGCCAGGGAGGAGGGAAUCCGGGGCCUGUGGAAAGGAACUUUUCCCAACAUCACAAGAAACGCCAUUGUCAACUGUGCUGAGAUGGUGACCUAUGACAUCAUCAAAGAGAAGCUGCUGGAAUCUCACCUGUUUACUGACAACUUCCCCUGCCACUUUGUCUCGGCCUUUGGAGCUGGCUUCUGUGCCACCGUGGUGGCCUCCCCAGUGGAUGUGGUGAAGACACGGUAUAUGAAUGCACCCCCAGGACGAUACCAUAGCCCCCUACACUGUAUGCUGAAGAUGGUGGCCCAAGAGGGUCCCACAGCCUUCUAUAAGGGAUUUACUCCCUCCUUUUUGCGCUUGGGAGCCUGGAAUGUGAUGAUGUUCGUAACCUAUGAGCAACUGAAACGGGCCUUGAUGAAAGUCCAGGUACUGCGGGAAUCUCCGUUUUGA